AUAAAUCCGCCGGACUUGAUUCGACGUAAUAAGAAGAACAGUGAACUACCAUCACGCGCCACCAACAAGGACGUAUCGAGAAUGGCAGCGAUGGCAUGGAAAAAUGAGCCGAGGAAGGCGAAGAGGAAGUAUGAGGACAUUGCGAGGGAAGUUGAGAUGAUUCAUGAUAACGGUUGUGUCGGGUCAACACCAACGAAUGCUUCUGUGAAGUCAUCCUCGCUGCCUAGCUCCGUUUCUUCGGUGUCCGCACCAUAUCACCAUCGCCGCAACAACCCCUCGACGAGCAUCCGGUACACACCAUACGGUCAUGCGCUCGCUCCACACGCCACGGUUCGUUCUCAGCAGCAUGACAUCACCCGUCUCCCCAACAAUCGCCUUCCGUCACCGUGGCAGUGUAGGACAUUUAGCAAAUAA